UACGCACCCUAGUGCAUAUGGUUCCAGAAUUUUCAUAAAAGCCGAGCCUUUUCUCGAUUCCACGGUUGAAGUUCGCUGAGUCCUUGUGUCGAGGUGGUUUUUUAAACAAUACCACAAUCAAUUCUGAAUUUCUUCACUCAAAAGUAUGGAACCAAGAGAGCUUCCAGUUCUCAGAUGGGGAAUCGUGGGGUGCGGACUCAUCUCUUCCUGGUUCGUAGCAGACCUGGUUCUCCCUCGGGCUACAGCACCAACAAACCAUGUCAUCCAGGCGCUCGGAUCGUCCAGCGUCUCGAAGGGCCACAGUUUUGCAGAGAAGCACUGCCCAUCUCAUCAUCCCUCUAUCUAUGCCUCCUACGAAGAUGUCUACAAUGAGCCGGAGGUUGAUAUCGUCUAUGUCGGAACACCACAUGUUUUCCACUUGGAGAAUGCACUGGGAGCCAUAAAGGGCGGAAAACAUGUCCUUGUUGAGAAACCAAUGACGAUAAAUGCGAGAGAUGCAGAGAUAUUGAUUUCUGCGGCGAAAGAGAAAGGAGUAUUUCUCAUGGAGGCACUCUGGACACGCUUCAACCCCCUCGCGGCCCAUCUCCAAAGACUGCUCCACCAAGAACGCAUCCUCGGCCCCUUACGCCGAGUUUUCAUAGACUUCUCCCUGUACAUGCCCUUCUCUUCUCUCCCAACAACUUCCCGCGCCUUAGAUCCAUCCCUCGGUGCCGGUGCUCUCCUCGAUAUAGGAAUCUACACUCUCACGUGGGCAGCCCUGAUACUAGAUUCUCAUCCCGACCACAUCGCAGCUGGCUCGCCACCACCCUGGAUGGCUUCAACAAUGUCUUUGACCAACGGCGUCGAUGAGACUACAGCCAUAAUAUUGAAUUAUAAGGACUUGGGGUGUCAAGCAAUUUGCACAUGCACUUAUACCUAUCCUGGGAAAAAGGAAUUCUGUCGUAUUGAAGGAGAGAAGGGUGAGAUUGUCAUUGGGGCCCCGAUUGCAGCAAGCAGCCCCGGUUGGUUGGAGGUCAAGGUUAGCGGGAGGGAGGAGAGGAUUAAUGUUGAGAGGGUGGAGGGAGCGAAGGGCUUUUAUUUUGAGGCCGACGCGGUGGCGGAGGAUUUGAGGGCUGGGAGGUUGGAAAAUGAUGUGUGCCCCUUGGGGGAGAGUUUGAGGGUUCUAGGAUUGAUGGAUGCGGUGAUAGGAUUGAUGGAUGCGGUGAGGAAGAUGAAUAGUUUAACGUAUCUGCGGGAUGAGAACUAAGGCCACUUUACGAGCGCUUCAAGUUACCUACCUGUCUGGUACUAAUUCAUAGCAAUAUAUCC